AUGGACCCCUUAGAGUGGGGGGGGGCCUCCGGGGCCCCCAGGGAAGUGGGGGCCCCUAGGGAAGGGGCAUCCCCCAAUGGGGGGGCCCCUAAAAGGGGGCCACUUAAGGGAGAAGAGGGUCGUGGGGGUUCAGAGGGCUUCGAUAUUGAAAAGCAUUUUGUCUUUACUACUUCUCUACUUCACCUUCAAUUUGAAGGGCCAGUCAUUCCGGGGAGCGACCCGCCCUGUAGCCACUGCAAGAGUAAAAGAUUAAAAUGCAUCUGCUACUCUGUGCAGCUCGUCGGCAAGACCCCUGGGUACGCCUCACCUGAACUGGAGGCAGCAGUGCAGCGGCUAGAGAAGAGCCGCAGUCGUUUGUCUUUUAUUGCAAUUGAAGAGUGGAAGGGCCACACAACAAAGACAGACAUUUUAAAAAGUGUUAUUCCAACAAUUCGAAAAAAGGUGAUAGACAGAGAAGGGCACGGCCCCGAGCUGCUGAUAAACUCGUGGACAAAGUUGUAUGAGAUCCUUGCACAGACACCAGUCAUCAGACCCAGGCUGCAGCACUUGCAGCAGCAGCAGCAGCAGCAGCAGCAGCAGCAGAAGCAACCCAAAGUCUUCAAAAGCAUUCAUCUCUGCGAAUGCCCGGGGGGAUUUGUCGCCGCUACUAACCACUUCGUCAAGACGGAAGCCACUGCAUCUCUGAAUCCGUACUUUGAGGGUUGCAAUCCCUUAAAAGCGUUAGACGAUGAUGAGGUGUACAGACACACCGAACGCCGCUGGAUUACCAGCCCCGACGGUAGCGGCAAUCUAUGCAGCAAAGAAAGCAUUGAAUAUCUUUGGAAACAAAUCACUAGACCCAUACAACAAGGAAUACCCCCUUUCGGACUGGCGGACUUGGUGACGUCUGACGGUUCGUUUGAUGUGCAGCACGACCCCGCUAGACAAGAGGAGUUGGUGUCUCCUCUGGUGUAUGCGGGUUUGGUUGCUGCUUUGGGGCUGCUGCAGCUUCAGGGCUCUGCAGUUAUAAAGGCAUAUUCUCUUCACUCUCACCACUCUGUCUCUGUGCUUGCAAUCCUCAGCAUGUGCUUCUCACGGGUGGCAGUUGUGAAGCCUUUGAUGAGCCGCUCAGGCAACAGCGAGCUGUACCUGUUGGGUGUGGGGUUUCGUGGGAUCCGAUCCCCGCUGCUGCGGGCGCUGUCUAAUGCCGUAGACAGCUUCGCCCCUGAUAAAGCCAUCAUCCCUAGAGAAUGGAUUUCCGAUGUGGGGGGGGCGUUGCUGCAGGAAUUCUUGAGCGAGUGCCGACAGUGCGCGGAGUACUUCACGCUGCUGCAGGCGGAGCACCUUGAGGCUUCUUUAGCGCCUAUUCGAUUUGAGGACCGCCUCGUACCCGAUAAGGAAUUCGUUAGGGAUUGGGAGACCUUUGGCUUCACCAACUCCACUCGAGGAGGCAGCAGGGAGAGGGUGCAGGGGUUGCUAGAGGACAGGGUUCGGUUUCAUGAGGUGUACACUCAGCUGCAGCAGCAGCGCGAGAAGGCGUGGCUGCAGCACGGCGGCUGCAGCAGAGCAUUGUGUCUCCUAACCCCACAAGCGGGAAUAGAGGCCCUGCUGCGGUGUACGUACGCCCCAUUUGAAGAGGUGAAGACAAUCGGCAAGAACGGCCGCGAUGGAGAGGCGCCUGCAAAGACUUUCAUUGGGGACUUUUUUUCGUUGUCUGACGAAGGAGAAGACGGGGAGACAGCAGCAAAAGAAGGAGUUGCUAUGUGGCUCUGUCUUUAUGAGGAGGACCCUGAGAAGCAGCAGCAGCAGCAGCAGCAGCAGCGAGGUGCGCCGGACGUUGCUGCUUUCCUGAACGCCUUCGCGGCUGGUGCGCUGCAGGGCUGGAACGAACAGCAGCAGCAGCAGCAGCAGCAGCAGCAGCAGCGAGUUGCCUUAGUGGCUGUAGGCGUUGCAGUGUAUUUUCCUUAUAAACUGCAAAUCAGUCGAUUUGCUGACGACCGCCGGUUGGCUGCAGUCAUCGAACUCCGCCGCCGCCUCCCCUUCCUCCUCCCCUUCUCCACAGCAGAUUAUUUGCUGCUAGAAUCUCUUCCUGCUGCUUUAGGGAGGAGGCUUAACCCUGGGCAGCUGCCGCCAAGCAGCAGCAUCGAUUUUCUGUUCGCGCUGCUGCAGCUGCAGAACCCAUCUGCUGCUGCUGCUGCUCCUUCUAGGGCCUCCGCAAGAGCCCCUGGAGCCGCUGCAUCCGGCAGCAGCAGCCUCGAACCAGCAGCAGCAGCAGCAGCUGCUGCUGCUGCGGAGACACCCGAACGCUGUAGGAGACAGUACCCCGUCUGCGUAGAGGUCAGCUGCUGCUGCAGCAGCCCCACGGCCCUCCCAAUGCAACUCAUGCUGAGGCGCUUCGGCUGCAGCUGCUUUGUAGUGCUGAACCCCCCCCUGCAGCAGCAGCAGCAGCAGCGAGUUACGCGAGAAGCACUAGAAGCAGCCACUGAAAAAGCAGGGCCCAUCUUAGGUUGUGAAGAGAUCGACAUUUUAAAAGCAUUUGCAAAUGGGGAGACACCUGAAUUUAUCAAACGGCAAGUGCAGCAGCGGGUGGCAUCUCAUCUGCCUGAAGGGGGGGCCCGUUUGGUGUCUCUCGAUAUAACAGGGCUGCAGCAGUGGAGGCGAAGAGCAGCAGAAGAGACAAGGAGACAGCAGCAAGGAGACAGCAGCAGCACCAGCAGCAAAACAGCCGAUAGCAGCAGCAGCAGCACAACAGAAGAGAGAGAAAGAGAGACAGAUAUAGAGAGACAGCUGCAGCAGCAAGCACAAGCAGCAAUCCAUGAAGAGAUAGCGCAGGCAGAGAUAGAGGCAAUUUUAAUGCUGCUCGCUCAAAUCAUUCAGGCAGAAGCAGCAGCAGCAGCUGCUGCUGCUGCUUCCAGCAGCGGGGAGACAGCAGCAGCAGCAGCAGCAGCAGCAGCAGGAAGCCCCACCACUGUUAACUGGGGAGGCCUCACUGCGCAUUGGGCCCUGCAGCAAUUUAUUAAGGCCAAAUUAUUUACUGACCGCGCUAUCUACGGGUGGAUAUCUUCGUUUAAUAACCGUUUGCUAGAGCAGCAGCAAAAGGAGCUGAUGCAUGCAAUGGAAGCCCUAGCAGCAGCAGCAGCAGCAGCAGCAGCAUCUCAGGGUGCUGAGGCUGCUGGCAGCACCCGGGAUCUGGCAAUUGCACAGAAGGACUCUGCAUAUCAUUUAUUUGUUUUAUCGACUAAUAAAAACAAGGAAGAAGAAGCAGCAAAUGUAGGGGAGUGGGGCUCUCUUGCCUUUGAUUCGGUUUAUACUCUUUCAAUCCUUGCAGGCGCUUUGCCUUCUCUUAGUGUACAUGCAGCUGAUGAUAUAUGGAGGGACAAUGUAUGA